UUGACAGUCAGUCAAUUGCAAAUGGCAGAAGAGUAAGAAGUGCGUUUUCUUCGAAGCGUGUUUAUUAUAUGUUGUAGCCAUUGGAUUUGCCAUAAAAGAUAUAUCCCAUCUUAGAAGCAAGGUGGUGCAUUUGCUGAAGCACUGGGACGGGCAAUUGCGUGCGUGCGAAUGUAACUUUUUGGGUUUUGGACUUUUUCGCCUACUUUAACAUUCAAAUUUCAUUUUUGCCUUCGCCACCUUUUUCUCGUGCUCGCCCCCCCACCCCUCAAUCGUCCAGGUUUUCUGGGCGUCAUCAUAUGACCGAAGGAAGUGGCCAGGCCAACCAGGUUCUCAACAACUUCCCUGGAACACUCACACCUGGAUUUUAAUGAAUCAAUCCGUGUCGGAGCUUUCACGACGACUGGAGAAUGCCCUCGACACUGAAUAUAACGUCACCGAUAUGGCGACUGUGCUUGAGAUUAUCAGCGUGCUGGAGAAGACGAGAGUUACAAUUGAGCAGCUGGAAAGUACCCAGCUGACCAAAUGUGUCAGCCAAAUGAGGCGUCGGACAAUGGAUGAGGUGCUGGCACGUCGUUCUAAGAACCUCAUCAAGCAGUGGCGUACACUCCUACCCCAUUUACCCAAUGGCAAGGCUGGUGGUCGUCGGCGACAAAAUGGGGAUUCCAUGGAAGAUGAAGAGGAGGCACGAAGACGCAAGAAACGACGGAAGCAGAUGCCACCGGAAGAUGAUGAUGUGGUAGUGCUGGUUGAGCCCCCGCCACAUGGUAGCGCCUCCAACAGUAGUCAUAUCGACAGGGGUGCUUCACCAGUGGGUGGUACGCGUGCUGAAGAGCUCAAUUUUCGUGGAAAAUUCUCGAGGAUACCUUCAACACCAGCCUCACCCACUCCCGAUGUCUCUAGAAACAAUAGCCCCUCUAGCGCCUUCAAAAAUACUUCUCCACACGAUAGCAGGAGUGUUAGUCCCGCAAAUCAGGAACCUGUACAGCCGAAGAAGCGUGGAAGGAAGAAAGGUUCACGUGGAGUUGAUGCCCUCAUUGGAGAUUCGUACGACACAUCGCCGUACUUGGAGUUCAAGCACAAGUUGACAUCGGGACCUAAAAAGGUGAAAACAACCAAAGAACUCCUUGCGGACCUACAAAAUCGAAAGCUAACUGCUUCAUCGGCCACUUCAUCGCCCAUUCUCCAAAUUAGGCCCACAUCUCCUUCACAAUCCCUUCUGCUUCACUCAGAUGGCUCACAGUCCCAGGAUCCUUCCAUAUUCAUGGCAUUGCCAGUGACUGACCUGGGGCAUGCACAUGAAACAGCAGCAGCAGCAGCAGCUCCUUCUGAUGAAGCAUCCGCCGUGCCACCAGAAAUACCAUCAUCUACUACACAAACAAAGAGUAUAGAAGAUGAGAUUCGUGAAUUAAAGCGGCAGCUAGCGUGCGUGAUUGAGUCACAGACAUGCGAAGAGGAUGAAAUUGCUCCCGCGUGCACGUGCGUAUUUACGGAGAUACAUGAGACUGAUGAGCUGGAGAAUGGUGUGGUGACCAAGCGACAAAGUGGAUUUGGUGAAGCAAAUACGGCUGUGACAGAUGGUGGUGAGGCAUCAACCACGGGGACAACCCACAAUAUGCGGAGACCCCCCGUUAAAUCCAUCUUCGAUCUCGAUGAGACUGACGACGGGCGAGUCGAGAUUUAUUCAGAACCAGAAGAAAAACCCCUGGAUAACACAUUACUCGAUACAGGCCCAUCGUGGCCAAUGUGGCGGUGUAUUGAGGAUCCAGAUUGCCCAGCUAGGCUGGAACGUGGUGAGGUGACGGCAGAAGAUGUGCGGGCAUUGCAUAGUCUACCACUUGAGCACGUGAAUGGCAACUGGUCACUAGGGGUACCAUCAGCUGAACCCGAAACCGACGAAACAGGCCUCUAUCGACGCGUUGUGCCGCAAUACAAUCACCUUGUAAUGGAUAGGAUCCCAAAGGUGCAUGAGAGUGACAGCAAUGCCACAGAUGUGGUACGUUGGCACCGGAAGCGGCAUCGACGGAAUAACAACUCAGGGAGCGACGAUGAGGAUAUCUUGCAUCCGGGUCAAACUUUCCGAGAGUGGUUCGAAACGGUCCAAGUCAAAUCCUACAAUGAUGAACUACUGACCAUUUUGCCUUAUGUAGUUAUUGACUAGCUCGAUUGCGGAGCAACUCAGACAUUCCUCGCAUUUAAUCGAGGGACUUAGGACAAAUUUAAGGAGGCGCGCCCGUCAUUUUGUUGAAAUAUUAUUAUGAGAUAAAAAAAAACAAAACAAAAAAAAAAGAAAAAAUGAAAUGAACGAUUGUGAGCGAUAAAAUGAAUAAAUUAGCCCCUGGGGCAAAAAAUUA